AUGUCUCACAAGACUAUCCAUCAGCCAGAAGUUGCCAAACUGAUUUCGAAGAUAAUGCGACUCACUCAAGCGUGUCCAAGUUUACCAGUUGCUACCAGGGAUGAUAAAUUAUAUAUGGUUUAUCAUGAGGCACCAUGGAUGAGUCCUCAAGACGAAGAUGAAGGCAUAUGCAAGGCCCGUGAUCACAAGACUUGGACACCAAACUCGGAGGGUCUUCUUAAGGCCAAGCUUCAGAUGAUUGUGCAGGAAUUAAUAAAGGCUGGGGCUUCUGAUUUCCUUGAUGAAGGGGCAACAACCGCUGAUAGAGAGAAAAACGAAGCUGGAAAAUCAAGUGAUUCUAUAUCAGCAAGAAAAUCUCACGGGGCAUCAAUGGUCAUGAAACGCCGAGUUGUUUCACAGCCUGAUGUAGAUCCAGAUGCCUGUCACAGUCAACCCAAAAAACCAGCUGCAAAACGCCCUCAAGUUGAUACCCUUGAAUCCAAGGAAGCUACAAUAAUCAUAUCUUCAGACGAUGAAGUCACCCUACCACGUAAAAGCACUAGCGCAACUGUAUUGGCUCCAAAGAAACCUCCUGGUGUCUUGAACAAGAUCGAGAAGGUCAAUCUCAUAUCUUCAGAUGAUGAGGUCACCCAACCACGUAAAAUCACCAGCAAUGUUGUAUUGGUUCCAAAGAAAUCUACGUGUGGCUCUUCCAAAGUCGAUAAGGCCAAAAAGGCUACAAAAGUCCUUGAUAAUUGUCCUUUAUCAACACCCGAUACGCCUUGCAACCGAUGCAAGAUUGAGGUAACAUCAGCGGAUAAGGAAUUUCGAUGUCAUUGCGGUCAAAAGAUGAUACUCUUACGAGCUGGGCGCAGUGAGAAAGCACUCAGUCAUUGGAAUACAAUGCUAUAUACUCUCGAAAAUGUACAACUACCCUCCUGA